GCAAACAGGCUCUCAAAGGCUCUGCAAGCGCGAAGCCGAGGCGCAGGCGCAAGUUGCGCAGCGUGCAUUCACACUGUUUGGCCCAGUACUUCUCAAGCUACUUACAAUUAUGGUCAUGUGCUUGCAUUAAUGUGCAGACGCCGUUUCAACGUGUCACAAACACAGGGAGCCCGCUGACACGAUUUAUGUGCGCACGCGUCGUUGAUGAACCAACUCAAUACACCUUAAACAGACUUGCAAAUACAGCACUUGAUCACAUUACCGCUUCGCGUGAGCGAAGGGCCAAUUCGAUUGCGCGCGAUGCUGUCCCCUUCUGCUGCUGGACCUUGAGAAACACAUGUGAUGGGCUGCUCGGCGUCCGUGGAGCUACGGGGCCAGAUCGCCACCGCCCCGGAAUGGCCGCUCUCGUCCGAACCAGAGUCGCUGGAGGCCCGCCCGCCGCCCGCCCACACGCCGCUGCACCGGCUGCCAGAGGCCGUGAGCGACCUGCACCACGGCAUGCCGCCGGCGCUGCGGCGGGCGCCUGUGCGGCUGCUGCGGCUGCAGGCGGUGCUGGGCUGGCGGCAGCUCAAGGUGUACGAGGAAGUGGAGGUGGGGCGCGGCGGCGUCAUUGGGGGCGAGUGCCUGGAGCUGCCCUACGACGAGCUGGGUGAGGACGUGUGGGCCCGCACCCUCAUCGUGAGUUGGAGGUGGAGCGGCGCCAAGCCCAGCAGCAGCGGCAGCGGCACUACUGGCAGUAGCUCCAGCGGUGACGGCAGCAAUAAUGCUGCAGCGCGGUUCUGCCCGAUGUGUCCUACACAGUUCGACGAGCUGUGCGGCGUGCUGCUGCGCGGCGCGGCGCAGGCGGGCAUCGAGUUUGUGUGGGUGGAUUGGAGCUGUGUGCCGCAGGCCCAAGGGCAACAGGGGCAACAGGGGCAACAGGGGCAACAGCAGGGAGCUCCGGGGGCGCAACUGCGGCAGGGACAGCACCAGGGGCAGCAGCAGGCGCAGCAGCAGGAGGGCGAGGGGGAGCGCGACGGCGCCGCCCCUGCUCAACAGCAGCUGUCGCCGCCACCAGCGGUGACGACUAUGGCAGAGGUGCUGCGAAGCAAGGUGUACUACGCGCGGGCACGGGCCAUGGCGGUCAUCCCAGCCUACACGGCGCUGCCGGGUGCGGGCGGGGGCGGCGUGGUGCGGCUGCUGCUCUGCAAGACGCUGCGGCUGCUGCGGCGGCGGGCGGGCGGGGCGGUAGCAUCAGAUGUGGAGGCGGGGCUGGAGGUGGGGGCCUGCGCCGCACACACGACAAGCCCCGGGCAUGACGGCAGCAGCACCAGUACAUUGCCUGCGGUGGCUUGCAAGGGCAGAAGUAGCAGCAAUGGCGGCAGUUCGACAGUCAGUGGCGGUGGCUGUAGCACCAGCGCCACCAGCGAUGGCGGCAGCAGCUGCGGGACAGCGCACAGCAGCGCAACCAGUGACCUGCCCGCAACAGCCGCUGCUGUCAGUGGCUCCGGCGGCAGUAGCAGCAGCAGCAGCAGCAGCAGAAGCAGAAGCAGCAGCAGCAACAGCAGCAGCGCCGCGGCUCUGCUCGCCGCGGGGCGCCGCCUCAGCUCGUCCGGCGGUACCCCGCCCACCGCGCCCGCCUCGCCCCACAGCGCCGGCGCCGCCACAGCCCUUGACCGCAUACUCAAGCGCGAGCUGCUUGCGAGCCGCGGCUACUUCAGCCGGGUGUGGACGCUGGCCGAGCGCAUGGCGCGCCACGGCCGCGGCGAGGGCCUGCGGGAGUGGCUGGGUCUGGAGGCGUGGCUGGGCAUGGUGCUGGACUGCCUCUUGGCGACUGCUACAGCCGCCGCGGGGCAGCAGCAGCAGCAGCAGCAGCAGGGGGCGGCGGGCGUGGGCACGGGCGUGGCUGCAGCCGCGUGUGUGCAGGAGGAGCGGGGCCUGACGCUGACCUUCAAACGGCUGCUGGGAAGGGAGGCGGCCGCCCUGUUUGACGCGGUGCUCGUUCCCCUGACUGCGGCCGUGCGCACUGGCUCCGCACUGAUCACAACCACAACCAACCGCACAUCGGGAGUAGCUCCCGCUGGCACGGGCAUCAGCGGCGGCGUGGGGUCGCUGCUGACGGCUGUAGCAGCAGUGGCCUCUGGCAGCUGGCACCAGCAGCACCAGCUACAGCCCUUGGAGGGGCAGCUGGCGUGUCUGAUGGAGUUGGCGGCAUCAGCCUGGCGGCAGCCGCAGCUGCCGUCGCCGGCUCUUGCGGCGCUUGCUGUAGCUGGUGGCGACGGGUUUGGCAGCGGCAGUAGCAGUGACAGACGCGGUGGCAGUAGCAGCAGUGCAGGUGCAAGGGGGGCUGCAGCCGGCUGCUGCGCGUUGGUGGAGGCGCCGACCAAGGCCUGGCUGCUGGGCUACCUUGAGUCUGCCGCCACCUGCCCUUACGCCGCCUGGAGCCCCGGCGACCGCGUGUGGGCCGUGUACUCGUACUUCUGCUGGAAGACACCCGCAGCAGGCGCAGCAGGCGCAGCAGCAGGGGCAGGGUCGGCACGAGGGGCAGCAGGUGGUGGGGCAGCAGCAGAAGGCACGCCGGCGCACGGAGGUGCGCAGCAGCAGCAGGGGCAGCAGCCGCAGCAACCAGGACAACAGCCUCCGGCGCAGCAGUCGCAAGUGCAGCCGCCUCAGGGGCAGCAGCAGCAGGUGGCUGCACUGGUGGAGGCGCUGCGGGACCUGGUGCAGGUGGCGGGUGGCGGGCGGCGACACCUGGUGGCCAUGGCCUCGCGGUGCGGCCCGGGCGUGGCGGCGGCGCUGCCCAGGGAGCCGAUGGACGAGCGGCUGUUAGUGGCGGCGGCGGCGGGGCGCGGCGGCGAGCUUGCCGCGGCGCUGGCGGCGGGCGGCAACACGGCGGCCGUGGACAAGGACGGCAACAUGCCACUCUUCCUGGCAACACUGGGGGGCUGGGUGGAGUGUGUACGGCAGCUGUUGGCGGCGGGCGCGGACGCCAACGCACGUCAGCUGGACGGCGGCACGGCUCUGUUCCUGGCGGCGCAGCGCACGCAGCAGCCCGCGGCCGCCGCGGUCGUGGGGGCGCUGCUGCACGCGGGCGCAGACGUCAACGCGGCCAAGAAGAACGGCGCCAACCCGCUCUACGCCGCAGCGUUCGCGGGCAGUGCCGAGGCGGUGCGGCUGCUGCUGGCGGCGGGGGCAGACGUGGAGGCGGCGCGGGAGGGCGGCUACACGCCCCUCUUCGUGGCGGCCCAGAACGGGGGCCUGGAGGCGGCGCGGCUGCUGCUGCAGGCGGGGGCCAACCCCAACUCCCGCGUUGCCAAGACCGGCGCCACGCCGCUGUACAUCGCCUCGGAGCGGGGCCGGCCGGAGCUGGCGCGGCUGCUGCUGGCGGCGGGGGCAGACCCCCGGCUGCCCAACAAGGAGGGCUGGACGCCUCUGUACGCGGCCGCGCUCAAGGGACACGUGGCAGUCAUUCGGGCGCUCGUGCAUGGCGGCGCCGACCCACGGGCUCCGGCGCCCACCGCCCGCGGCGGCGUGACGCCGCUCUUCAUCGCGGCGCAGGCGGGGCAGGCGGAGGCGGCGGCGGCCCUGCUGGCAGCGGGCGCGGACCGCGAUGCAGCCACUGAGGACGGCCGCACGCCGCUGUACACGGCGGCCUACAAGGGGCACGUGGGGGUGGUGGCGGCGCUGCUGGCGGCGGGCGCGAACAAGGGCGUGGCUAGCGCCAAGGGCGCCUGGACGCCGCUGCACGUGGCCGCCCUCAACGGCCACGUGGCGGCGGCGGCGGCGCUGCUGCGCGCGGGCGCUGACAGACACGCACGGACCGUGGACGGCAAGACGCCCGGGGAUGUCGCAGCAGCCGGCUCGGGCGUCUCCGAACUACUGGCGUUGCCGACUUCCGCGCUGGCGGCGGCAGCCGGCGCCGACGGCGCCGCCGCAGCAGGCGGGGCCAAGCGCGCGGCGGCGGCGGCGGCUGCAGGCGCACGUGGCAAGAAAUUCCCACCAGAAGCGGCCACUGCCGCCCAAGGCGGAAGACUGCCCCCGCUGUUCAAACGAGCUGCGGCGGCGGCGGCUUCCGCGGCGGCUUCCGCGGCGGCGCCUGCAUUCCUGAACCCGCGCGGUGCUGCUGGUCAGAGGGGUGGCAGCUGUGCUGCCGGCGGCAGCAACGGUCUCCCCGCCACUGCCUCUCCAGUAGUGCCGGGUCGCCACCCGAGCAAGGGGCGAGCCGAGCCGGGUGGGCAGCAGCAGCGCCCGGUGCUUGCGCCCGGCAAAGCACCGCAUGCUGGGGUGCGUGCCAGCACUCCCGAAGACGGGGUAGCGGCCAGCAGUGGGCAGCCGGGCGGCAGCAUCCGAGGUGGAGGAGCAGGGGCGGUGCGCACAGCCGCAUUCGUCACUAGCGUGGCAGCACGAGCAAGCAAGGCGCGCCGGUAGGCGGCACUGUGGGAAAGCGCGGCGCAUGGAUAGCGGAUGGGUUCCCGCCUAGUAGCACUGACGGUGUACGGUAGGAGCAGGACUGUAAAAGCAGGAUUCGCAGCAAUUGUGAUUGAUUUAUAGCACACUAGACACAUUGCUACCACUGAACAUUGAUUGCAUUUUCAUAGCACCUGAACCACAUAAUCAAGGGCUCGUUAGCACGCACUGGGUUCGAUGGUGGCAACUUGCUCCGCACGCCCCACGUAACCUGGACCGCACGUGACAUACUGCGGCGGCGCCCACAGCUCCUAGUAUAUAUAGCACUUUCAGGACGAGUACCGUAUAGCCGAGUGGAGCCUCGCGUACCUUGACUUGUGUCUGCUUGCUUGUGCUGCUGGCGCAAAUAAACUCAUGUCUCUUUCGGCAUGUUGACAAAAGAGGCUUGCGUGAACAUGUGGUGACGGGGUGUCGCAAGCAAGGGCACAGGUAGGACUCGUGAUUGGGCUCGGAUGCAUGCGGGUUUGAUGAGUCCAUUGAGGCUGGGCGUGCCUCGGUGCAGUACUGAUGAUGGUUUGUGCGGGGCGUAUAUGAGUGUGAUGCGAUUCCAUCCCCUUCAAUACGGCGGUCCUCGCGCAACAAAAGACAUGACAGGCUUAUUCAUCCCUCCGCCUCGCUCGUUGUGUGUCUUUGCGUUCUGCCAUCGUCUCCUGGCGGUAACUUGACACAGAUGCAUGGCGCAAUGCGGUAAUGAGGUGGAGCACCGGAGGUGAGGACCGGUAGACCAGUAGGUGCGGCCAUGGUCUGGUGUUUGAAGUCCAUUCGGUUACUCCCGGU